GUUAAUAAUCAAAAAAGUCAAAUCUUGACGUCUGCAUUUGCAAGACGUAUUUUUGGGGCGUUUGCUCAUCUGCAAUACGUCUAUAGGACGUUUCCUGUCGUUUAUAAGAUGUCUUUAAGAUGUUUAUGAUUUAGAAUGUAGAGUAUGUAAAACUGACAUCUUAAAGACGUCUAUCAGAUAUUUGUACACAGCAGAUGCUUUCCAGGUGAAGCGAUCUUCAGCAGACAUACCUGUGCUAUCCAGGGACUGACUUAUGUUCCUCACAAAACACUUAAAACUCUCAACUAUUAACACUAAAGAUUCUGAGAGUUUUCAGCUCUCUAAAAUGACUCUUUUGGAUGGUUGUCAGGGAGUAUGUGUGGUUGCUAGUGUUCUGUCAAAUGGAUUUAAUGUCAAGUAUGAUAUUCAUUUUCCUAUAUAACGUUUAAAUUCCAUUCUGUACAUGCAGGUUUAUACUCACUAUAUGUUGUACUGUUGUUUGUUGCACUGACUUUGAUUCCAGGCACAUCUGCAGACAUUCCCUUCUCUGAUCAAGAAUGUCAUUUUUUUGCUACAUCCGUGUCGUUGGACACCAAAUCCACCACAGCUGCAGUACAUAUGUUUGGUUCUUUAGCAACAUCUUCAGACACCAAAUCCACCACAGCUGCAGUACAUAUGUUUGGUUCUUUAGCAACAUCUUCAGACACCAAAUCCAGCACCACUCCUGUAAAAGCGUGUUUUGCUUUAGCCCCAUCUUCAGGCACCAAAUCUGAUCGCAAUAAGCCUAAAAAAAAAACCGAAGUACCUCAGUUCUCUCUUGGAGCAGAAUUUUCACUCUUGCUGGAAAAUGAGUGGAGAAAAAUGAAGUGGAGUGAAGAAGUGAGAGAGACACUGAUGGAGUCUGUCAGGUCAUUUAAACCCGCCAGCGAGGCUGUUACCGAGGCCAGAGUUCUGCUGAUCGGUCCAGUCGGUGCUGGAAAGUCCAGCUUCAUCAGCUCUGUCCAGUCUGUCUUCUCUGGACGGGUCAUCAACAGGGCCAUGGUGGGCUCUUCAUCCUCCACCAGCUUCACUAAAAAGCUUCGCUCUUACAACAUCAGAGGAGCAGGAGAGAAAGCAGACGAGCCCACAGCUCUGGUCUUGUGUGACGUGAUGGGUGUAGGUGAAGGAGAAAGCACUGGACUCACUCUUCACGAUGCACUGUCUGUCAUUAAAGGACACGCACCAGAGGGACACCAGUUUAGUCCUGAGCAUCCGAUUGGAGCAGAGACUGUGGGCUUCGUAAGGAAACCCAGCUCAAAUGAUAAAGUGCACUGUGUGGUGUUUGUGAUAGACGGCUCGAGCAUCGGUUCAUACGCCAAAAGCUUUGGCGCAACCUUCCAGCAGUUAAGAGAGCACAUCAGCAACUUAGGUGUACACCAGGUGGCGCUACUGACCCAUGUGGACCAGGUGUGCCCCGCUAGCAGAAGUGACAUCACCAAGGUUUACAGGAGCCAGGCUAUUCAGAAGGCGAUGGUGAAGGCCGGAGAGCUGCUGGGAAUGGCCACAUCCUACAUCGUCCCGGUGAAGAACUACUGCUCCGAGCUGGACCUGGAUGAAAACACUGAUAUUCUCCUGCUCAAAGCUGUUGAUCAUAUCUUACAAUAUGUGAAUCUCUACUUUCAAGACAACAGCGAUUAAAGCAUCACAGGAAGAAUUCACUUUCGAAAAAGGACCAAAAAACAGUUCACUCCAGUUUUGUCCCAUUGAAAUGUUGAUGCCAAAGCUUGUAUUUCUUUGCUAGAAAAUUGUGGUGAUUUUAAUUUUUUAAAAACAGCUUUUACUUUUAAUAACAGUAUUUGUGAUGUCAAACUGUCUCCUUGAAUUAUCACUCAAGUUUGACUAAAGCUUUGCUUUUAAUAAAGUUUGCUAUUUCUUUGCUCAAACCUACAAAAAUAAUGUAUAGGUUGUAAUACUGUAAUAUAUUAUUAUAUGACAUAAACCAUGGCCAUGAUAAUAUUUUUGUCUAGCUGUGCUUUCUUAUAUUUUGAAAUUUUUCAUAUUUUACACUUGAGGCCGGUUCUCACCAAGAACUAUAGAUAGGCUAACUAUACUAGCAUCCACAUCAAUACAACGCUUUAUUCUCCAUCUGCUUUAUUUAUCGUUCUUCAGCCAGAAAACAAUAAAAUAAAAUAUUGUUCUGAAAGAA